AUGGAGAGACCUGCUCCAAGAGCGGUUGACCAGGCACCGCCUACAUUUCUCAGUUUCUGUACGAUCUGCCAGAAGCCUUUCACACAGGAAUACUCAUUCAGUCGCCAUGUCUCUUAUUGCCGUCGUGCCAAUGCGAAGCGUAAAAAUCGGCCAAGGGCAUGCCUUGGCUGCCAUACGUCGAAAAUCAAAUGCAGUCUUGCAAAGCCUCAAUGUAGUCGAUGCCAGGCUCAGGGAUUGGAUUGCACUUAUGACAGGCCCAUGCGCCGCCCGUUGACGGUGGAUGCUUCAAUUAUUGACGGACAGCAGUCGAACCACACAUCUGCGGAUAAUUUGCCACCGAGCGAACCUCAUAUCAUUGAAACGUUUCACAGCGCUACAACUCCUUUGGCGAAUGAGAUAUCUGCGUUCAAUACCACACGAGAAGUUGAUGAAUGCGCUCCCAGUUGUCCAAGCGGUUCUAAAUUGACCUCAUCUGCUACGAUUCCUAGCGCAGGGCAGCCAAUCGUCGAAUCUGUCCCAUUAACUGCGUACCGUAGCGAUUUGUUAGACUCUAGUAGUUCGAUGGCACUAGAAAAUAUACACCCGGGAAGUCUCUCUUCAAAUUUCGCUGUUGAUCAACUCACACACGCCAUCCAUGCCUUCCCGCAAAUGAUGAUGCGCCGGCAGACCUUCCCGCCCUUUAUACACGCUCAUUGGCAUAUGCCAGAGAUGCCAGAGACUCUGGCGAAUUGUAUGAGCAUCGCUCAGAUUUACGCGACUCGGACACCAGAAACCAGGCCAUUCCUCUGGAGAAUGAUAGGAGCCGAGCUACAACGAUUUCAAGGCGAGGCGCAAAGUGCCUCGGUUUACAGCCUCCAGCAUUUUCUGCAAGCGAUUAUGCAAUUUAUCAUCAUGGCAAUUACUGAUCAAGAUACAAUCGCCUUGUCCUGGGCACCGAAGCUAAUCCAGACAUUUCACAUUUUGUGUACUCGCACACGUUCUCUUCUUGGCGGCAACUGUUUCACAUAUUCUGGAGAGAGUAUCCCGGAUGCAACUUGGGAAGAAUGGAUAUUUGCUGAAACCCGACGACGAAUCAUAUGCCUUUGGUUUUUUAUGAGCCGUAUCAUUUCACCUUCGGCUGGCAGCUCUUUCAUGCGUGCCUAUCCUCUGAGCGGAGACUAG